UCUCCGCGAAGGUCUUCGUCUAUAAAUCUCCUUUUGUUCCGCAAAUGAGGCAGUGAGACUGGGAGUCACUGAGCUCCACCUUGGAAAUCCAUGGCGAUCGCCUCCUUGCGCCACCUUCUCCAGCUUAUUCUCUUCGCUGUGGUGUUCUUCUCCGUUGAAUCGCAGUACAUCGCGUACAACACCUCGCAGGGGAUCGUUCCCGGGAAGCUCAAUGUCCAUAUCGUCGCUCACACCCAUGAUGAUGUUGGAUGGCUGAAAACCAUAGAUCAGUACUAUGUUGGGUCUAACAACUCCAUUCAGGGGGCAUGCGUGCAGAACGUGCUGGAUUCGAUGGUGACGGCGUUGUUGGAGGAUAAGAAUCGGAAGUUCAUAUAUGUUGAGCAGGCAUUUUUCCAGCGAUGGUGGAGGCGGCAGAGCGAUGCAAUAAAGAAAAUAGUGAAAGAGCUACUCAGCUCUGGGCAAUUGGAAUUUAUAAAUGGUGGUAUGUGUAUGCAUGAUGAGGCAGCAGUGCACUACAUUGACAUGAUAGACCAGACGACAUUGGGGCAUCGUUUUCUCAAGGAGGAGUUCGGUCAGACCCCAAGGAUUGGUUGGCAGAUUGAUCCUUUCGGGCAUGCAGCUGUGCAAGCUUAUUUGCUUUCUGCAGAGGUUGGAUUUGAUGCUCUAUACUUUUCCCGUAUUGACUACCAAGAUAGGGAGAAAAGGAAGGAUCAAAAGAGCCUUGAGGUUGUUUGGCGUGGUUCGAAGAGCCUUGGCUCUUCUGCAGAUGUUUUCACUGGCAUAUUUCCAAAGAAUUAUGAGCCUCCUCCUGGUGAAUUUUACUUUGAAGUUAAUGAUGCCUCCCCUGUUGUCCAGGAUGAUCCACUACUAUUCGAUUAUAAUGUUGAAGAGAGAGUGAAUGAUUUUGUUGCAGCAGCAAUAGCUCAGGCCAAUAUUACCAGAACAAACCACAUCAUGUUCACAAUGGGGACAGAUUUUAAGUACCAGUAUGCAAACUCGUGGUUCAGACAGUUGGAUAAGUUCAUUCACUAUGUGAACAAGGAUGGAAGGGUCAAUGCCUUAUAUUCAACCCCUUCCAUAUACACUGAUGCAAAAUAUGCUGCAAAGGAGUCAUGGCCUCUCAAGACUGACGACUUCUUCCCGUAUGCCGAUAAUCCAAACGCAUACUGGACAGGUUACUUUUCAAGUAGGCCUGCCCUUAAGGGCUAUGUGAGAAUGAUGAGUGGGUACUAUCUGGCAGCUAGGCAAUUGGAGUUUUUCAUUGGCAGAAAUAGUUCAGGGCCAACAACAGACAGUUUGGCUGAUGCUUUAGCAAUUGCUCAGCAUCAUGAUGCAGUCAGUGGAACUGAAAAGCAGCAUGUGGCAAAUGACUAUGCUACAAGAUUGGCUAUAGGCUAUGCAGAGGCUGAGAAACUGGUUUCAUCUUCGCUUGCUUGCUUGAUGGAAUCUGUCCAAAAUUCAGUGUGCAACCCAAAAAUGAAAUUGGAACAGUGUCUUCUUCUGAAUGUAAGUUAUUGCCCACAAUCUGAAGCAGAUCUAUCUGAUGAUAAAAGCUUGGUUGUUCUGGUGUACAAUUCUCUUGGCUGGAAACGGGAAGAUGUAGUGCGAAUACCAGUUUCAAGUGAAUAUGUAGUUGUUCAUGAUUCAGAAGGAAGGGAAGUUGUGUCACAAAUUUUGCCUCUGGUCAAUGCCUCAGCUGCCAUUCGUAAUCAGUAUGUAAAGGCAUACUUGGGCAUUUCUCCAAAAGUUAAUUCUUUACACUGGCUUGCAUUUCCAGUAUCGAUACCACCUCUUGGUUUCAACACAUAUGUUGUCUCAAGCUCUAAACGGACUGGAUCUAAUGCUGUCAUGUCAACUCUGUACUCACCACAAGAAAACAAGAAGAGCAACAUAGAGGUUGGGCCAGGAAAUAUGAAGCUUUUAUUUAAUACAGAUGAAGGAAGACUCACACAAUAUUCUAAUGGUAGAAGCUUGGUCAAUGUACCUCUGGAGCAGUCUUUCAGUUAUUAUCCAGGAGAUGAUGGAAGUGGUAAAGAUCCUCAGGCAUCUGGAGCAUAUAUCUUCCGACCAAAUGGAACAACUUCAAUUAAACCUAAAGCACAGGUGCCUUUGAAAAUAUUUAAAGGACCCAUCUUGGAUGAGGUGCAUCAGCAGAUUAAUCCAUGGAUAUAUCAGAUUACCCGAGUUUACAAAGGCAAGGAGCAUGUGGAAUUUGAGUUCGCUAUUGGGCCAAUAUCUGUUGAUGAUGGAAUUGGAAAAGAAGUGGUUACUAAACUGACAUCGACCAUGAUGACCAACAAGAUAUUUUUUACAGAUUCCAGUGGACGGGAUUUUCUCAAAAGGAUAAGAGACUACAGGUCAGACUGGCAACUGCAAGUGAACCAACCUGUUGCUGGAAAUUAUUAUCCUAUCAAUCUUGGAAUUUAUUUGGAAGAUAAAAGCACAGAAUUUUCAGUUUUGGUAGACCGGUCCACAGGAGGUUCCAGCAUACAAGAUGGUCAAAUAGAAUUAAUGCUUCAUAGGAGAUUGCUCCACGAUGAUGGCCGAGGUGUUGCAGAGGCACUCAAUGAGACUGUCUGUGUCAAUGAUAAAUGUGAAGGAUUGACAGUCGUUGGAAAAUUUUAUGUUAGCAUUGACCCAGUAGGAGAGGGAGCUAAAUGGCGUCGGACCACAGGGCAAGAAAUUUAUUCUCCCUUGCUUCUUGCCUUCUCAGAACAGAAGGGAGACAAGGGGAAAAGUUCACAUGUUCCGAAAUUCACACCAAUGAAAUCUUCCUACAGUUUACCAUAUAAUGUUGCAUUGCUCACCCUUGAGGCACUUGAAGAUGGAACUACCCUCCUUCGGUUGGGGCACCUUUACGAGGUGGACGAGGACAAGGAACUCUCGAAGAUGGCAAGUGUCGAUCUUAAAAAAAUGUUCUCAGGCAAGAAGAUCAGCAAAAUAACAGAAAUGAACCUAUCCGCCAACCAAGAGAAGGAUGCAAUGCUGAAGAAGAGAUUAAAAUGGAAAGUAGAGGGUUCUGCGGAAGAUCAAAAGAUGGCAAUACGAGGACGGGCAGUUGAUUUAUCAGAUCUCGUGGUGGAGCUCGGCCCCAUGGAAAUCAGAACAUUCAAAAUAGACUUCGAGUUUGAUUCAUUCCUUGCGUUUGGCGACCGAUGAUGAUGCGAUGAACUUAUUGAACUCUAUCAAUGUACUUCUAGUAAAAAUAAAUCCUUGGUGUAUGUGGGAACCUUCACCCCUUACCACCAAAAUCUAAAGUGUAGCCAACCUUUAAAAUUACGCCAAUAAUUUAUCUUUUUUGGCUUGCAUCCCCUAA